AGAGCAGAGAGCGGAGCACGGACGUCAGGAACAAAAGCCCCGGCAGCAGAAUCUGGCGAAGGAAAGGAGAGAGCAUGGGGUGUUUUUGAAUAAUUAUUAAAAUGAGCAUGUGUCUGCGCCAUCCUGUGGGUGUGGCGCAGAGCGGAGUGUAAACUCUAGCGGGGCCGAAGCAAACAUUGGCUUAGCGGCAGCAGCUGCCAGUCUGUGCCUAGGAGUGUAGGGAUCAGCGCGCGGCGGCAAGCAGACCAGCACCAUGGCCUCGUCUCAGGGGAAAAACGAGCUGAAAUUCGCCGACUGGAUGGCAACUCUGCCUGAGAGCAUCCACAGCAUCCCCCUCACCAAUUUAGCCAUCCCAGGGUCCCAUGAUUCCUUCAGCUUCUACAUUGAUGAAGCAUCUCCUGUAGGCCCUGAGCAGCCAGAAACUGUCCAAAACUUUGUCUCUGUGUUUGGAACUGUAGCCAAGAAGCUGAUGAGGAAAUGGUUAGCCACUCAAACCAUGAGCUUCACUGGCCAGCUAGGAGCUGGAAUUCGCUACUUUGACCUUCGAAUUUCCACGAAGCCUAGAGAUCCGGACAAUGAACUGUACUUUGCUCAUGGCUUAUUCAGUGCCAAAGUCAAUGAGGGUCUUGAAGAGAUCAAUGCAUUUCUCACAGAGCACCCCAAAGAAGUAGUAUUCUUGGACUUCAACCAUUUUUAUGGGAUGCAGAAAUAUCACCAUGAAAAACUGGUCCAAAUGCUGAAAGACAUCUAUGGAAACAAAAUGUGUCCCGCUAUUUUUGCCCAGGAAGUGAGUCUCAAGUACCUAUGGGAGAAGGACUACCAAGUAUUGGUCUUCUACCACAGUCCAGUGGCGUUGGAGGUGCCCUUUCUCUGGCCUGGGCAGAUGAUGCCAGCGCCCUGGGCAAACACGACAGACCCUGAGAAGUUGAUCCAGUUUCUUCAGGCAUCCAUCACUGAGAGAAGAAAGAAGGGUUCGUUUUUUAUAUCUCAGGUGGUGCUGACACCCAAAGCAAGCACUGUGGUCAAAGGUGUGGCAAGCGGCCUCAGAGAAACAAUCACAGAAAGAGCUCUUCCUGCCAUGAUGCAGUGGGUCCGCACCCAGAAGCCAGGAGAGAGUGGCAUCAAUAUUGUCACUGCUGAUUUUGUAGAACUUGGAGAUUUUAUCAGCACUGUCAUAAAACUCAACUAUGUCUUUGAUGAAGGAGAAGCCAACACUUGAUACUACUCUUUGGAGUGUCCAUGAGUAAGAUAGAGAAGCCUCAUUGUAUUAGACAUAUUAUCAACACACCCUCUGAAUUUCCUAUUCCACCAAGUCUCUGAAGGAAUUAGGGAUGGUAGUGAGUGGGAAAAGAGGGAAUACCGUGUCUUCAGUGAUUGUAACCAUAUUCUGCAUUCCUAUAAAUAUGUCAUUUCCCAUUUGGUGAG